UCAAUGUUUCACUAUAUGGAUAUGCAUUUUUUCUUCAGAUAUGGGCGGAGAAUCAUGCUGCUGGUGUCAUAUGUGACAGGAAUGCUCUUUGCCAUUGCCAGCGCUUUUUCUACUUCUUACGUGAUGUUCGCCGUGCUGAGGUUCCUCACUGGGUUUUGCAUCACCGGCAUUGUCAUCGUCUCAGCGGUCCUCAGUAAAUCCUUUGUGCUUCUUCUUAAAAGGCUGAUAAGAUUUCACUUGUUGCCUCUAAGGGUUUCUCUGAGUGUACUGUGAUCGCGUGUGUGUGUGUCAUUUGCAGGUGUAGAGUGGGUGGACAUUGAGCACAGGAAACUGGUGGGAGUAAUCGACAGCUUAUCCUGGACAUUUGGGAACACAGCAUUUCCAGCUAUUGCAUACCUAGUAAAUGAUUGGAGAUGGCUCACUGUCAGCGUCACCUCCCCUGUGGUCCUGGCGAUCAUCACCUGGAGGUACUACUCACAGAUCUCUGAUCAUCUUGUAUUCAGUAUCCUUAAAACUGGAUUCAUUAAUGGUUAACAGUCUUCAAAGUUUAAGGUCAGAAGUGUGGGACACAUACACUGACUUCAUAUUUUAUUUCAGCCGAGUUUCCCCGCUUAACUCAUCUGUCUUGCCAUGUUCAAGAGUGAGAGGAUAGGAUGGCCAGAGGAAGUCCUAGACAGAAAAAAAAGUGUGUCUUGUUUUCUUAUGGAUGUGUUAAACAAUCUAUUAACUUCAGCUUUCAAUCCAAACCAAUUCUACUGCAUCAUGGGAAAUAAUGUCCUUGUUUUAUACAGAUGUAAAACUUGUGAUUUUUGGUGUAAAAGCAACUUGAGACAUGUUAAAAGUCUGUGUAAAGUUCUUCAAGAGAAAAAAAAACUGAAAUGAGUGAGUGUCUGCUUUUUGCUGGAUACUGUCAAACACAUAGUUUUUAAUGUAAAUAAUAAAAUUCACCACAGUGUGACUCAUCAGUGAUAAAUGUCGCCAUCAUCAUUUAGGUGGAUGCCAGAGUCAGCGAGGUGGCUCAUUGCCAAUGGAAAACUGGAGCAGGCCCAGUUUUAUUUGAGACAAUGUGCCAAGAUGAACCAAAGAGAGGAUGCGAUUGACUCUCUGAAAACAGAGGUUUGCUUCCUGACUGAGUUUCAUUUCAUCAUCUAAAAUAACAUUUAUCUAUGCUUUCUAGCAAACUUAUGGCUGUUAAUCCUAUUACCUUGAUCAUGUGAAGUCGUGAAAAAUAAAUUCCCUUGUGUUUUUUCAGACACUGUCCACCAUUGUUGUGACUGAGAAAAGAGACAGAACUUAUUCCUCCCUGGAUCUGAUACGGACACCUAAAAUGAGGAGACUAGCCCUCAGAACUGGUACACUGUGGUCUGUAUCAAAACACCCCUGUUCAAUCAGUUCUUAGAAACACGUACUUAUAUUUAUUUUUAGUUAUUAUUCUCAUGUCCUGACUAAGUAAAGGAUAAUGUCUAGCCAAGUAAACAGGACUCUGACACGAAGCAGGCAGGCCUGGUCCCACCUUAGCAGGGUUAUUUUUUGACCAAUCAGAAUCAAGUAAUUAACAACUUCCUCUUUCUCUUCCUGCAGGUUUUGUGUGGCCAAUUCCUUUUAUGGCAUCAGCUUUAAUAUCACAGGCUUUGGGCUCAAUAUGUACCUCACUCAGUUAACAUAUGCUUUGGUUGAGCUGCCGGCUAAAGUGUCCGUUUAUUACUUACUGGAUAAGAUAGGAAGGAGGACCACAGAGGUGGGAUCUCUUGUCCUGGCUGCUGCCUGUCUUGGCAUCAACAUUGCUGUACCAAAAGGUAAGUAUUUAUGAAUGUCUGCAGACUAUAGACUGGAUAUAGAAUGGAUGCCAUCUGCCUCCUCGCUGGGUGAAGCCACGCCAACAACAGCACCCUCUGGUAACAGGUUGCAGUACAGGUCAUAAAUCCCGCCUCCUCCAGCAGUCUCUAUGGAGCUGUGGACAAACUUUAGACAUUUAUUUCACAGAUUAUAAAUUUUUCUUCCCUGCUUACGAUGUUGCAUGUUGUUAUUGUAAGACUGGUUUGUGCUCAAGUCCUCUUUUUUCUGUACAGCUCCAUAUUUAAAAGUUAUUAGGGGGUUCAUGUUUUCUAUGAUUGACACUUGAUACAGCCUAUGGGCGUACAAGGAUUGCGUUUCUCACCCGGGGGGAUACGUUGUUUGAGCAGAGCAUCAUCACAGCGACUCUCGGUGACUCUCCUGCCGAAUGCGUACAAUUCUUCCUGUUAGUUCCAGGAAGUGGAGAAAAAUCGUGGAAAUACCGAGAGCUUUUCGGCUUCAAAUCUGUGUACUGGUGGAAGGCGAAACCAAGUUGUCCAUAGUAUAUACAGUCUAUGGUGCAGACCUACACCUGAGCUUUGGAAAGGCUGUUUGUUGUCCUAAUGCUUCUUUGAGGAACUUUUAGAUUAUGUUGAUUUUGGCGCCUCCUGUUGACCAAGCAGCACCUCUUAUGUCUGCCAAUAAAUGUGUGUGAGUUAUCUGCAAUAAAAAUUAUUGUAAUGCCUUCUUUUCAAAAUACCUAUAAGCCCACAGGAGCUCUAAUUACUGUAAAGGUACAGUUGACUACUACAACAGUGAAAAGUUCUCUCCCCUGCUCUCAGGUAUGUCUGUGCUCAGGACAGUGAUAGCCAUCAUCGGAAAAGGAUUUUCCUCAGCAGCAUUCGGAACUAUUGUCCUUUACAGUUCAGAGCUCUAUCCCACUGUAGUGAGGUAACUAUGCAUGCAUCCCCUUUCUUUUCUCCUUUCAAUACAAUACUUGACUUUUUUUUUCAAUUUGUACCCUCAUUUCAUUAACAUACCAAGUUUUAUUAACACAACUGGGCAAUCAUGAAUUGAGUAUGAGGCCAUCAUAUGAAGUCCUAAGCUAGUUUUGAAUAAUCUGAAUCAAUUGCUUUGCAGACAGAACGGUAUGGGCUACAACUCCUUCAUGGCUCGACUGGGUGUAGCUAUGGCUCCUCUGAUUCUCUUGCUGGAUGAAGUGUGGAGGGACCUGCCACAGGUCGUCUUUUGCUGUGUAGCUUUACUGGGUGGACUGGUGGCAAGAACACUGGCAGAGACACGCAACAGAUACCUGCCAGAGACCAUAGAGGACAUUGAACAGCAUUGGUAGGAAACUCGGUCGCUG